CGGCCGGGGGAGAGAGGAAAGCCGGGUGGAUUGGGGGGGAUCACGUGACGCGCCGCCCCGCGGUCAGUUUUGGCGGGCGGUACGGUGGCCGGGAGGGUUUCCUAGGCAACCGCGCCGCCGGCGAGGGAGGCGGCCAUGACGGAGAGGGGCCCGACGCGGGCCAGCCAAAGUGUUGGGUGGUCUAUGGAUGAAUAAGGAGUGAAAGCAGGAAGCAGUUGUCACAACUCGCCUGUCAAAAUCAAUUUACUAGUUGUUUGGAAGGUAACAUCCAGUUGCAGAUUAUGGCUCAUCGAUUUUCAAAAGAAGAUUUAGAUGAGCAGUUUGAAGAGUUUCUGAAAGAGUCUCUUUCAGAUGAUUCACUUGGAAAUUCAAAGAAAAAAUCCAGCAUUCUUGAGACAUUGGGACAACCCAGGAAAAAAGAAACGAAGAAAAAGGAUUCAGUGCCAUGGUGGAUAUCUGAGGAAGAUUUGGAUGAUAGUGGAAUGCUUGGAGCCAAUGGAAGCUUUGUCAAGAUACAGAAUGCUUCACAACCUGUGGGGGAAACUGAUGAGAAUACACAUGUGGAAAAAAUGCAGCUUCAGAAAAGUAAUGGCGUUGCUGUCUCCUUAAGUAGAGACAGCCUGGAGACAAAUGAUUCAGUUUUAGCUUCUGGGCCUAAUCAAAGUAUUGUGGGAGUUGGAUUGGAUACCUUGGAAGAACAAGAAGAAAAAGAGAUCUUCUUUGCCAAACUUGAACAAGAAGCUUCCUCUACUAUUGAUUAUUCAAGAUUAAAUAAAGAGCUGGAUUCCAAUGAUUCUGUAUUACUAGCACCAUUUGUACGAAAUGAAGAAAAUGAAAAAGGAGAAGAGGAAUCCUCACAUGAAGAGAAAUCUGGCAGCUACAGUGAAGAUUUUGAAGAAGAAACAGAUGCUAAUCCUGCCUUUAAAACUGAGGGAAGUCAGGUGAAUCAGAACAUCGCGUCGGGAGUUGAUUUAAGUCCUCAAGAACAGGAAGAAGCAAACACUGGCAUGCUGGCUAAAGUUGUAUUACUUGAUUCACAAGAUUCAACUACAGAACUUCAAAAGGCUGUUGAAACAUCAGAUGUAGCUCUAGGUGAACAUUAUCUGCCUGAAGAAGUCAGUGGAAUUGAAAUGAAUGAAGCAGGCACUUCCUAUGGACAAACCACCAGUGACAUUGAAGCAUUACACCAAGCAUACCAUCAUAUUGAUCAGUCUUUGGGAGACACUGAUGAGCAAAAACUGCAUGAUUCUGCAAUGGUGGUCUCAGAAUGCUUAGUGCAAGGUGUUUCACAAAAUAAUGACAUCUAUUCAAAAAACAUGUCAACUAUUGAAUCAGAUUUACCUACUGUGGAAGAAUUGAUGAAACCAAUUAAAGGACAUUCAUGUAAUACCAGAAGUUUUGAUGUGGAGCCUGAAAGUCCUGUGAAACUGGUAGGCAGCACAACAAAUGACUUCAUCAGCCACUUGCCCUUUAAAGAGCACCAGAAUAAUGUGGUUUGGGAGACAAACUUAUUUGAAAAAUGUAACAGAGAAGAGAGCAUCUUUCUGCAGACAGCUGUGAAUGAUGAUAAUUUUCAGACGGUGACUGAGAAAGAAAUUCAGACCAGUGAAGUACAGCCAGAUGUACUAAGAGAAAAAAUAGUACAAGACUCUCUGCUUUCACAACAAGGCAGCAAAACUAAACAAGCUCUUUGGUCUCGUUCCUUGAAGAAUGAAAGAUCAGAAUCAAUGACAACUAAACCAAUGUUACACAAGAAUAUCAGAAGUCCAGCACCUUUACAUAAAAAGAAAUCUUCAUAUGGUCCUCAUGGGGUGGUUAGAAGUUCUGGGUAUGGGAAACCCAGCUCACUCUCAAAACAGUCUUUUCCAGCUAAUGAAAAGAAAGCACCAAAAGAAACUUUCAAAAAGACCAGUGUGAAAGCCAGAAGUCCUGCAGAUAGAGCAAGAUCUAAAGAAGCCUUAUUUGCUACUAGGAUAAUAAGAUCUGCAACAAAUGAAUCAACUCUGACGGGAAGUAUUAACAGAGUUAUGUCUGGGCAACCAGUUGUUAAUAAUCUUGGACACCAGGCUGUGGAUUAUUGCAGGCAAUAUCAGCAUGAUUCAUCAUUUUCUCCUAUCAAAAGUUGUGAUAGAGAACUAUAUUUGCUAAAACGAGUACAAGUUGCAGAGGAGGACCUGAACACAGCUCAUGAUUUGAUUCAACAGCUAACCAGCACAGUUUCACAAAAAGAGAAAGAAAUAGAGACAAAGAUAUUAGAAUUGAAAACUCAGCAUGAAAAAGAGCGUUUUCAGUUGGGUCAGGAAAACUAUGUUCUUCAGAGUAAGUUAAGAAGUAUGGAAGAGCUGAGUCAAGAAAAGAGAUGGACCCAUCAUACAGCAACAAUUCCUGUCACUGAAGAAAAACUGGCACAAAUACGAAAAGAAAUUGAAGAUCAAGAGGUCAUUAUUCAAGGUUAUCAACAGGAAAAUGAGAGGUUAUACAAACAAAUGAAAGAGCUACAAAUCCAAAACAAAAAAAAUGAGGAACAAAUGUUUAAGGAGAAUCAGUGUUUAAUGUCUGAAUUAAUAGACCUAAGAGAAAAGAUAGAGAAGCCUAAUAUCCAGUCACGAGUCAUGCAGGAUUCUGAACCAGCCAGAAACCAGAGCUUCACAGAACUGAUUUCAGAGCUUCGAGCAGCACAGAAGGAAGAAGCUAAAUUACAAGAAGAGAUAAGACGUCUCAAACAAGAUAAGCAAGCUCUUGAGGUAGACUUGGGACAAGCAAAGAAGGAGAGAGAUUUAGCAAAAGUCCAGAUUGCAUCCACAUCAGGUGAGAAGUCUUAUGAAUUUAAAGUUAUGGAAGAAUCAUACAAACAGGAAAUUGCUCAUUUAAAAAGAAGACUUCAAUGGUAUGCAGAAAAUCAAGAUCUUCUGGAUAAAGAUGCAGCCCGUCUUAAAGAUGCAAGAGAAGAAAUUAAGAAACUAAAACUAGAGGUUGAGAAGCUCAGAACUGAACCUGGAGAUCAGUGUGUGCAACAGAAGAAACGUUUGCAAGACAGAGCAGCAGAUGCUAAAAGAAUUCAGGAUCUUGAACGACAAAUCAGGGAAAUGGAAGGAAUUCUAAAAAGAAGGUAUCCAAAUUCUUUGCCUGCUUUGAUUUAUGCUGCUGCUGCUGCUGAGAAAACUAAUGAUCUUUCAGCUAAAACAAACACAGUUGAUUUUUUGGAGAGAAGAAUAAAAAAGUUAGAAACAGAACUUGAAGGUAAAGAUGAUGAAGCUAAAAAAAGUCUCCGUGCCAUGGAACAACAAUUUCAAAAAAUAAAGAUACAGUAUGAGCAAAGACUUGUAGAGCUUGAGCAACUACUUGCCUACAAAUUUAUGAGUGAAUCGCCAAAACUGAAUGGUGAUAAAGCCAGUUCUACAGAACUUGAACAGGAGCUUCAGAAUCUAAAGAAGACCCAUCAGAUCACUGUUAAAAACCUCCAGACAGAAAUUGAAAACCUUAAAAGUCAAAAUUCCCAAUUAAAACUCAGAAGUAAAAAGGAUAAUAAAGACUUAGAGUCCACAGAUUCUCCAAUGAAACAAGGUAACACAAAAGACAGACUGUUAAAACUAAAUGAAGAACUAGUCACCAAAAAUAGAGAAAUACAAGACCUUACAAAAACUGUAGAGAAACUUCAAAAAGAAAGGAUGGUGAUGUUGUCUGAUAAUAAUUUGAGAAAUAAAACCAAUAAUAAGGGAAGCUCUACAGAGAUCUUGAAAAAGAAUACCUCAGCAACAGAUAAAAGGAAUUCCAGCAACAGUGAACCCUUUCUAAGCAUUUUCAACAAUGACAGAAUAUACCAACCACAUACCUUUUCUGAUUCUAAUCUCUUGGAAGUUCUGCAAGAAAAUGCACAGCUGAAGGAAGAGCUAGAAAGAUUGUCUCUAGAAAUGAACCAGCAGAGGGUGAAGUCUCAAGCAACCCUGGCUUAUUCUGAAAAUAACACACGAAGGAUACAGGAAGACACAGCAGAAUGCAUUGCAUCUCUGAAAGCUUCCCAUGAGAGAGAAAUGGAGAAGAUUCUUUGCCAGCAUGCAAAGGAGCAUUCUACUUCUAAAGUAGCUGAACUAAACAGAAGAAUUUCAAAACAAGAGAUAUUAAUAAAACAUCUCCAAGAACAAAUUGGUGAACAACAGGGACAUCAGGAAGCCCUUUUAGUUUCACAGAUGCGAGAGGAACUCCUACAAAAAGAGGUGACGAAAUUGUUGGAAGAACUGAGAGAGGCUAAGGAGAGCCAGAGUCCUGAAAUGAAACAUUUUUUGUGCCUGGAAAAGAAAAUCAAGCAUAUAGAGACCAGAUAUGCAGAAAGACAGCAAGAAAUUCAAAAGGCAACCCAACUAACACAAUGUAUUACUGAAGCAAGGCAAACCCAUGAGGUUGAGAAGUGGCGAAGACUGGCACAACAGAAGAAUCAAGAACUGGAGAAAUUCCGAGUGGAAUUGGAUUCAAUAUUAGAUGUUUUACGUGAACUGCAGAAACAAGGAGUUGUUAUUCCUGCACCUAAUUCCAGUGGAUUUGGCACAACAGACAGCUGUUGGAAGACAUGAUUAGAUAGGAAUUGAUUAGAGAAGC